AUGGCGAUCCCCAUGGUGCCUAUGGAGACGCAGCUACAGAGCAUCUUCGAGGAGGUGGUGAAAACAGAAGUAAUUGAAGAGGCUUUUCCUGGUAUGUUUAUGGACACUCCUGAAGAUGAGAGAACCAAACUGAUCAGCUGCCUGAGUGCUUUCAGGCAGUUCUGGAGCAGUCUUUCCCAGGACUCCCAUGAACAGUGUGUGCAGUGGAUUGUAAGAUUCAUUCACAGCCAACACAGUCCUAAAAGGAUCUCUUUCCUUUAUGACUGCUUGGCAAUGGCAGUGGAAACUGGACUCCUGCCCCCCAGGAUGGUUUGUGAAUCUCUGAUCAACUCCGAUACGCUGGAAUGGGAGAGGACACAGCUGUGGGCAUUGACCUUUAAACUGGUCAGGAAGAUUAUUGGAGGUGUGGACUACAAGGGUGUGCGUGACCUACUGAAAGUGAUCCUGGAGAAAAUCCUAACCAUCCCCAACACUGUGAGCUCAGCUGUGGUGCAGCAGCUUUUGGCAGCAAGAGAGGUAGUAGCCUACAUUUUGGAAAGGAAUGCAUGCUUGCUACCUGCCUACUUUGCAGUUACAGAAAUCAGAAAGCUGUACCCUGAAGGAAAGCUUCCCCACUGGUUGCUAGGGAAUUUAGUGUCGGAUUUUGUGGAUACCUUCAGACCUACAGCCAGAAUCAAUUCCAUUUGUGGUCGCUGCAGCCUUCUCCCCGUGGUAAACAACUCCGGGGCCAUGUGUAACUCCUGGAAGCUGGAUCCCACAACCCUUCGCUUCCCUCUGAAAGGUCUCUUACCAUAUGAUAAGGAUCUGUUUGAGCCCCAGACUGCUCUGUUGAGAUAUGUGCUGGAACAGCCCUAUUCCAGGGACAUGGUCUGCAAUAUGCUAGGGCUGAACAAGCAGACCUUGAACAUUGCUCAGCACAAGCAGCGCUGCCCUGUGCUGGAAGACCAGCUGGUGGAUCUGGUGGUGUAUGCCAUGGAACGGUCUGAGACUGAAGAGAAGUUUGAUGAUGGUGGAACCAGUCAGCUUCUGUGGCAGCAUCUCUCCAGCCAGCUCAUUUUCUUUGUGCUCUUUCAGUUUGCAAGUUUUCCUCAUAUGGUCCUGUCCCUCCAUCAAAAGUUGGCAGGCCGUGGCCUCAUCAAAGGGAGGGACCAUCUGAUGUGGGUGCUGCUGCAGUUCAUCUCUGGCAGCAUCCAGAAGAACGCCCUGGCUGACUUCCUCCCGGUUAUGAAGCUGUUUGACCUCCUCUAUCCUGAAAAAGAAUGCAUCCCUGUGCCUGACAUUAACAAGCCCCAGUCAACCCACGCCUUUGCCAUGACCUGCAUCUGGAUCCACCUGAACCGCAAGGCCCACAGUGACAACUCCAAGCUGCAGAUUCCCAUUCCUCAUUCUCUGAAACUCCACCAUGAGUUCCUGCAGCAGAGUUUAAGGAACAAAAGCCUGCAGAUGAAUGACUACAAGAUUGCUCUGCUGUGCAAUGCUUAUUCAACCAACUCAGAGUGCUUCACUCUGCCCAUGGGGGUGCUUGUGGAGACCAUUUAUGGAAAUGGCAACGUCAGGAUACCUCUUCCAGGGACUAACUGCAUGGCAUCAGGGUCUAUUACCCCCUUGCCAAUGAACCUCUUGGACUCCCUCACAGUUCAUGCCAAAAUGAGCCUGAUCCACAGCAUAGCUACACGAGUGAUCAAGUUGGCUCAUGCAAAAUCUAGCCUGGCCUUGGCUCCUGCUCUGGUGGAAACCUACAGUCGCCUGCUGGUUUAUAUGGAAAUAGAGUCCCUGGGCAUCAAAGGCUUUAUCAGCCAGCUCCUGCCCACAGUGUUCAAGUCUCACGCCUGGGGAAUUCUGCACACCCUGCUGGAAAUGUUCAGCUACCGAAUGCAUCACAUCCAGCCUCACUACAGAGUCCAGCUGCUCAGCCACCUCCACUCCUUGGCUGCUGUGCCACAGACUAAUCAGAACCAGCUUCACCUCUGUGUGGAGAGUACUGCCCUGAGGCUGAUCACAGCCUUGGGCAGCUCCGAAGUCCAGCCGCAGUUCACACGGUUCCUCAGUGACCCCAAAACUGUGCUCUCAGCAGAGUCAGAGGAGCUCAACAGGGCUCUGAUUUUAACCCUGGCAAGGGCAACACAUGUCACAGACUUUUUCACAGGCUCUGAUUCAAUUCAGGGAACUUGGUGCAAGGACAUACUGCAGACUAUCAUGAGCUUCACUCCACAUAACUGGGCAUCACACACUCUGGACUGCUUUCCAGCUCCUCUGCAGGUGUUCUUCAAGCAGAACAAUGUCCCUCAGGAGAGCCGCUUCAACCUGAAGAAGAACGUGGAAGAGGAGUACCGCAAGUGGAAGUCCAUGAGCAAUGAGAACGACAUCAUCACACACUUCUCCAUCCAAGGCUCACCCCCACUCUUCCUUUGUCUCCUCUGGAAGAUGCUGUUAGAUACUGAUCACAUUAAUCAGAUUGGCUACAGAGUGUUGGAAAGAAUUGGGGCCAGAGCUCUGGUGGCACAUGUCAGGACCUUUGCAGAUUUCCUGGUGUAUGAAUUCUCCACCUCUGCAGGAGGCCAGCAGCUCAAUAAAUGCAUUGAGAUUCUCAAUGACAUGGUGUGGAAAUACAACAUUGUAACACUGGACAGACUAAUCCUGUGUCUGGCGAUGCGCAGUCACGAAGGCAACGAAGCUCAAGUCUGUUACUUCAUCAUUCAGCUGCUGCUGCUGAAGCCUAAUGACUUCAGGAACAGAGUGAGUGAUUUUGUGAAGGAGAAUUCCCCUGAGCACUGGCUGCAGAAUGACUGGCACACCAAGCACAUGAGCUACCACAAGAAAUACCCUGAGAAGCUGUAUUUUGAAGGCUUGGCAGAGCAAGUCAACCCCCCAGUGCAGAUCCAGCCCCAGUACCUGCCCAUUUAUUUUGGCAACGUCUGCCUGCGCUUCCUGCCAGUCUUUGACAUCGUCAUCCAUAGGUUCCUGGAGCUGCUGCCAGUGUCCAAGUCACUGGAAACUCUGCUGGAUCAUCUGGGAGGUUUAUACAAAUUCCAUGACCGGCCUGUGACCUACCUGUACAACACCCUGCACUACUACGAGCUGCAGCUGCGGGAGCGCCCCAACCUGAAGAGGAAGCUGGUCCACGCCAUCAUCGGCUCUCUGAAGGACAACCGCCCCCUGGGCUGGUGCCUGAGCGACACUUACCUCAAGUGUGCCAUGAACGCCCGUGAGGAGAACCCCUGGGUGCCCGAUGAUGCCUACUACUGCAAGCUGAUCGGCAGGCUGGUGGACACCAUGGCAGGCAAAUCACCUGGGCCCUUCCCAAACUGUGACUGGAGGUUCAAUGAGUUUCCCAACCCAGCUGCCCACGCUCUCCACGUCACCUGUGUUGAGCUCAUGGCUCUAGCUGUUCCUGGCAAGGAUGUGGGCAAUGCCCUCCUGGAUGUCGUGCUGAAGAGCCAGCCCCUGGUGCCAAGGGAGAACAUCACAGCCUGGAUGAAUGCCAUUGGACUGAUCAUCACUGCCUUACCGGAGCCAUACUGGAUUGUGCUGCACGACCGCAUCGUGAGCGUCAUCAACAGCCCCAGCCUGACGUCGGAGACCGAGUGGGUUGGAUACCCCUUCCAGCUCUUUGACUUCACAGCCUGUCACCAGUCCUACUCUGAGAUGAGCUGUAGCUACACCUUGGCUCUGGCACAUGCUGUCUGGCAUCAUUCCAGCAUUGGGCAGCUUUCUCUCAUUCCCAAGUUCCUCACAGAGGUGCUGAUCCCCAUAGUGCAAACUGAGUUCCAGUUACUCUACGUUUACCACCUGGUUGGUCCUUUCCUGCAGCGCUUCCAGCAGGAGAGGACUCGCUGCAUGAUCGAGAUUGGAGUUGCCUUCUAUGAGAUGCUGCUGAACGCCGACCGCUACAGCACACACCUCAGCUACAUGGACCCCAUCUGUGACUUCCUGUACCACAUGAAGUACAUGUUCACAGGAGACAGUGUCAAAGACCAGGUUGAGAAAAUCAUUUGUAACCUGAGGCCAGCUCUGAAGCUUCGGCUGCGCUUCAUCACACACAUCAGCAAAUUGGAGCCAGCUGCUGUCCCCCAGCAAGCCCUCAGCAACGGGUCCCCAGCACAGCAGCCCAGCCAGGUGCCUGUCAAUGUUGCUCUGCCAGUCACACAGUGACAGCAAGUGUUGGGCUGGCCUUGCUGGGAAGGCUUCUGUUACUGCUCCAGGUGGAACAUCGUGGGACCUGACAUCGGGAAAGGAAAGAGAACCACCUGCAGAUCUCUGCUUCCCUUCCUGCUGCACAGUGAAGCUCUCUGAC